UAAGCUUACGAGGUCUUAAUGUUAAUUCAAUUUAUCGUCUAAAUGAUUGUCAUUGUUUCAUUUUUAUUAGAUAAUUAUUAGGAACAUUUGUGUGAUUUAAAUGAUGGAACGUUGAUUGUCUUUGAUGACUAUCGAUUGUUACAAUAGGAAGAGAAGUUGUAACCUGGUUUGCGUUUGAUUCUCAAAAAUUGAAACAUCAAAAAUCUACUUUUAUUUCUUGUUUUUUUAUUCUUCUCUCUUUUUAUUUGAUUGUCUGAUUUUUGGUGAAUUUUGGUGACAUUUAUCCUCUUUGUUCUUUGUGUUCUUUUACUCUUUGUUUCGUGUUUUACUGGUUAUCGGCCUUGUUUUCUUUUCUUUCUGUUCCAGACACAAUAAUCCUUUUCCAUUUUCUUACCUGAUUUUGUUUUCUCUUCAUCAUCAUCUUCUUCUUCUAUUGAAGAAAAGGAUAAACAUCCAUUAACAUCCAAUGGAUGCGAGAUUUUUACUUCAAACAUACCAAGAAAUACCUGUUAUCACUCGUUACUAUUUAACAGCCUGUGUAGUUACAACUCUUCUAGUACAACUUGGUUUUAUUACACCUUUUCAAUUAUAUUUCAAUCCGACUUUAAUUGUCUCGCAAUUGCAGUUAUGGCGACUGUUCACUACUUUUCUGUUCUUUGGUUAUUUUGGAUUCUCUUUCAUUUUCAAUGUAACAUUUACUUAUAAAUAUUGUUCCAUGUUGGAAGAAGGUUCAUUCCGGGGAAGAACAGCUGAUUUUUUCUAUAUGCUAUUAUUCGGUGGUGUUUGUAUGACGAUUAUCGCUCUAUUUGUUAACCUUCUCUUCUUGGGACAUGCCUUCACAAUUAUGCUCGUUUAUAUCUGGUCUCGUCGAAAUCCAUGGGCUCGAAUGAAUUUCUUUGGUCUAAUCACUUUUCAAGCACCUUUUCUGCCUUGGGUGUUACUUGGUUUCUCUUUCAUUCUUGGUGGUGAAGUUUUAACUGAUUUAAUGGGAAUAUCAGUUGGUCAUGUUUACUAUUUUCUCGAAGAUGUCGCACCAAACAUUACCGGUGGCUAUCGAUUCCUUGCGACUCCCAGAUUUAUUAAAUAUCUAAUCGAACCUGCUACUCCUCGAGAGGAGGAACGUCCAGAAGAAAAUAAUAGGCAAGGAAGAUUCGAAUGGAACGAAAAUAAUCAACCAAUGUGAUCUUUUAGUCAUGAGAAUAUAAAAUAAUAACACUGACCAUAUAAUUUGUCACAUUCUCUUUCACAAUUCUUACACUUUUUCUGCCCUCUAAUCAAAUCAAUCAUUGAAAAGAGACCAAGUUCUGUUUCUUUCCAAUUAAUCAAACCUAAGGAAGAUUAUUACAAAUAAUGACAAUGGUUUCACCUUUUCCUGGUGCAAAGAUUAUUUAUUCAACCUCAUAAUUGUUUCUAUCUUACCAUCUAUACCAUCUUAUAGUUUAAUUUAUCUAAUUCAUCAAAUGAUUUGUUCGCUUUCCGUUAAGUAACAAAUUGAAUUUGAAAAAAAAGAGCCAAAUCUAAACAAUCAGAGCAAAAGAAAACCUAAAUUGUUACAAUUUGGACACAUUAUGUGAGCUCAUAAUACAGUAUUUUUGCAUUUUGCUUUGAAUUUAGUGAGUUAAUCACAUUUUGAUAAGAAAUGAUUUGGAAAUAAAAUGUUGAAAUUAUGAAAAAGUUCAUUUAAUCAA